AGAACACCUAAUAUUUCACAAGUAUGGAGAAAUAAAAAAAAAAUGGUGUGAUAAGUACAAGCAUUACUUCAUUUACAACAUAUUUCACAAAAGAUAAGUCCAGGAAAUCGUAAAAUAGGUGUGUCAGUUGGUUAUAUAGGUCAAGAUCAAACCCAUCUGUGUAUAGUAUCCGACAAAGACGCAAUUAUGAAGUUUCUUCUAUUUUCAUUGUUCCAAAUUGCGUUAGUACUUCUUGAAGUACCCGCAAUCAAAAGUUACGAAUGCAACAAUAAUUCAUCCUUGUGCAUUGACCAACACCAUUAUCAACAAUGUACCAACAACCAAUUAGCUGGAAACGUCAUGGCGUGUCCUGAAGGUGAAAUAUGCGACCACACGUCUGGUACUGCCCUUUGUAGAGACAUCAACGUACUUCCAUUAUCUUUGCAAACCUUAACAGACGAGCCCCAAUGCACAGAACCCUCGCUCUUCCCAGCCCCUUCUUGCCACCAGUACUACGAAUGCUCAGCAGUCUGGUGGUGGUAUCAACUAGAACUUAAAACCUGUCCAGAGGGUCUACUUUUCGACAAAAAAACUAACUCGUGUGGAUCUGCAUCUUCUGUUGAUUGCGAUUCACGUUCGAGUACCACCUUAGCACCACCUAUCGAACUACCAGAGUGUAAGGGACGCAGCAAACACCCAGCGCUGCUCUGUUACCAGUUUAUAGAAUGCGUUCCAAUGUGGUGGUACUGGUCACCCGAACUGAAGAGUUGCCCGCAAGGGCAAGCGUUCGAUCGGUACACGGAGAGCUGCGUGUGUGCUGGACAACUUGAUUGCGUAGUACCAGAUAGUAACAAAGUCGAGUGUAGUGGGCCUGGUAAUCACUCGACUUCAAAUUGUUAUGAGUACUACCAGUGUACCAAAUUCUUGUGGUGGUGGCAGGCCCAGUUGAAGAAGUGUCCGAAUGGGCAAGCUUACGAUAAAUCGGUUUGCAAAUGUGCGUCAGACCAAGAUGUGAAGUGUUUCUAUCCAGUACCUCAAUGUCAAGGUUACGCUUUAUAUCCAGCUUCCAACAAACGCCAGUAUUAUGAGUGCGUGUUUAAUGAUUCAAGUUUGGAAUGGAAGGCGGUACUAAGGACGUGUAACAGUGGUUUAGCGUUUCAUCCAAGUUUUGCUGAAUGCGUACCCGAAUGGUUUCUAAUAUUUUAAUUAUUUACUUUCAUAAGACCCGUGACAAAAUUUAACAUUAUUAUAAAGAGUAUUGACAUGAUCAUAUCAAAUAAUUUUCUUAUUAAAUAAAUAUUAUGCAAAUAAAAA